UCGUACACAUAAAGCAUGUAACACGGUGUCGCCUGUCGUCCACUCUGUGGUCAGUCAGAAUUACACCUAGGGGUAUAAACCUUAUAGGCCACGGCUCCUCUCACCUUCAGUGCCGACUUCAACAUGGAUCGUCAUCGCCUCGUCCUCUCCAUCUGUGUUUAUCUGGGUGUGGUGGUGUCUGCUAACAACUCCCUGUUUCGAUACACACCCACCAACCCGACUGCACCACUGACUGCUGAGGGCCAAAUAAGUACAUCCAGGGGCGUCCAACCAAACGAUAUCACCGACACCCGUAAUAGAGGUAAACUGGUGAUAGUCGACACGAACAGCACCACGCCACAGGACAUCACCGCGGUGAAGGCAGGGGGAGACAAUAUUGUCGUCACCGUGGAAACCGGGCCGAACGCCACACCCUCACCACCGGCUCAGACAAGAACGACCGACUGGAAUUGGAUAGUCACUCCAGCUCCCAAAGCAACGCCCUCACCACCACCACCACAAACCGGAACCACCGACUGGAAUUGGAUUGUCACGCCGACUCCCAAAACCACGCCCUCGCCAGCGGCACAAACCAGACCGACUGAUUGGAAUUGGAUUGUCACCCCGACCCCCAAAACCACGCCCUCGCCGGCGGCACAAACCGGACCGACUGAUUGGAAUUUGAUUGUCAACCCGACCCCCAAAACCACGCCCUCGCCGCCGACACAGACAAGAUCGUCUGACUGGAACUGGAUAGUCACACCUACUCCAAGAGCCCCUGUUCACUACACUCCGGCACCAUACGUCCAAUACGCGGCAACAACUGCCCCGAAUCCUUUCUUAUAUGGAUAUACAAACACAAUGGGUUAUUUCGGAAAUACUCCGGGCUACUUUGGAACACCUUCGUAUUGGGAAAUCGCAUAUCAACAACCACAGCAAACAACGGCAGACCCAGGUAUCAAAUACGGACAAUGUCCCGCCCCGAACGUAGUUGGCGCGAAAUGUGGUCACCGGUGUUACCGGGACACGGAAUGUCCCCAGGACUGGAAAUGUUGUAACGACGGAUCAGGCAGGCAAGAUGGCUGCUGUCACGCUCGUAGACCAACGGAAGUAGAAAGCUUUAUGACGUCUCUGUGGGACAUGCCUCCAUCACAAGAAAUACAGAAUGAAAUGCCGUGAAUAUUGAAUUGAUUUUCAUGUUCCCUACGUCACAUCUGCCUAAAAUAACCAUACGACGUCAUUUAUUUAUGAUAAGGUCUAUAUAGAUCUAACAGCCAAGUGGAAAGUUGACAUUUGAUUUUAAAAAUACUUGAAGUUCAUAAUAGUGUAAAGCAGCUAGUUGAAUUUCUAUCAAUCAAGCUAUCAAUCAAUCAAUCCAAUUCAACCAAUAAGUACACUGUGAAAACCAAGGUUGUACGAUUGAAGAGUCCCUUUCUACAGUACACGAGACUAUAUAUAUCGACUCUCGCGCCGUCUACCGUUGUUUAUACUAACCAACAGACAACGGAAGAGUGUUUCACGUGGCGCGGUCUAUGUUUUCAGAUAUGUGGUGUUAAGUUAUACUCUAAUAAACAUGUACUAUAAAUGC